UGAAUAAGCAUUGCAAAAGAAAUCCAACAAACUCUUAUCUUAACUAAUUCGCCCGAGCUGAAAUAGUUUUAGAGCUUAUGCAUAAGUGAUUUUUUUGGGCAAGCAAAUUGGCGAAGUACUAUUCUAAAUAUUAAAUUGGACGAGUUCUACAAGUUCAUUUUUAAAGAUCGAAUGAAUGCGCUGCAAAAGCUGCAGAAUGACGAUCUUAUCAGUGUUGCUUCUCUUGAGUUACUCGCGGAUCCUUUGAAGGACGACGAGCUAGACAACUUUGAUGAAUCUCAAUUCAACAUUCCAGAGUUCAAAUCUGAAUUUCCGACCCUUGACGAUGUCUUGGCGGAGAAUUUUGAUUUUUCGCCGACCGCAAGUCCUUCGAAUUCUAAACUAGGCCUCAACCAUAAAAAGUUUGGUUCCCUGGCAUCCUUUGGCUCGUACGAUUCCCUGCAAUCAACGUCUCUCCGAAGUGAUGCUUCACAGUUUUCGAUUGUAAAACGCAUAAAACUCAAAGGAGUUUCUGCCAAUAUUGUAUCGGCGCAUAAAAGAAAUGCUGGGUUUCCAUCGGCAAUUGCAACCAAUAGUAUAAUAGCAAUUGGGACUACUUUCGGUUACCUCCUUUUGUUCGACCGGAAACAGCUUCUUCGUUUCUUUUUACAACCCCCUGAAGAUUCUGGGGGUAUCUCUGCUUUGAGUUUUAAUGUCGAUGCCUCCCGGAUCCUUGCAGGACAUGAACGUGGAACCAUUAAUAUGUGGGAUACAGAUACAGGGAAGGUGUUGCGAACUUUCAGUUACAUGACAAACGCACCAGUGCUGCAUAUUAAAUUCACAGAUGAUCCAACGAAAGCUUUGAUGUGCAAUGCUCAAGGGGCUGUUUUGUUGAUGAAUUUCAGGAGGCCCCUUGGUCUUCGAGUUUGUGACUUCCACGAAGUCUUCUCGGGCUCUGAAGUCGUAUGUUUGGAACCUUUAAUCAUUUCGAACAAUGUCUCCGACCAUCCUCUGAACAUCUAUAAUCCGUUUGUUAUCGCACUUGCAACUUUAAGAAAAUUUAUUAUCAUAGUUUUAAGGCCGAAACUGGCGAAAGUGUUCUCUUAUGUUCUCGAGGGACAUCAUUCAACGUUACCUGUUAUUUCAUGGCAGUUUAUUAAAUUACAAGUUAAUCAGUCCAGUGUUUCGUUUGACCCGGUCGCUUUAUUUGGGCGCGAUUCCCAAAUAGUGUUCGCUUUACUGGAAACCUCCACUACUGGUGCUACGGGAGUAAGGGUGCUGAAGACCCUAAGCUUAGGCUAUAGUUUGACUAACCUCAUCUGGUUUAAUAACAAAACAAUUGCAGUUUCCGAUCAGAAAGAAAAUUUACACCUGAUUGAUAUUCAAAGUGAGGAAAUUCUGGAAACAUUGGAUCUGCAGGCGGUUCAGAUCGUGUACGCAACAUCCGCUUUCAAAGGAUUAGCCAAUGAACAUAAAAAUAAGCCAUCCUUAGUUGCUGCAAGUGCUUUUGCAUGUUAUUACUCUCUCACAAUGACCGCAAGGCAGCUUCUGAUUUUGGGCCAGCAGUCGGUGCACGUUUUUGUGAUUCGAACUUGGUUUGAAAGAAUAAACUCCUUGAAGAAGUCAAAACUGUACACCGAAGCUCUCAUGCUUUCAAGAGAGGUUUUUCAAGGAACUUGUAAAGCGGUCGUCGGGAGUCUAGGACCACAAAAGUCUUUUCUCCUACAGAAUAGUCGCAGUUUGUUGAAUGAAAUCGCGUCGAGUGCCGUCGCUUCAGCUCCACAACAAGGCUCAGUCGACGCUUUAGAGGCCUAUUACUCAGAUACGAUUCCAUUAAUAAUUGAAACGUGCUGUUUGUUCAAGAUUUUCGAGUUCACCAACGAAGUGUACAAUAUUUUCGAAGCAGAUAUAACUGCCCGAUCUGUGUUUCUCUCCUCAAUGCAAUCUUGCAUUCUCUCAGAUCGCAUUUCGAAAGUCUCGCCGACAAUUUUGAAAGAUCUGAUAAACCUAAAUAUAGACAUGGAAACUAUAAGCUCGAUUCAGGAUAUAAUUUUGAAGCUCGAUAUAUCAACGAUAGAUAUCGACCAAGUUGUUAAACUUUCCUGGCAAAAUAAACUUUUCGAUGCAAUAAUUUACCUGUACAACCGAGCAAUUAAAAACUACUCAAUGCCCCUCGAAGAGUUAACGGAGUUUUUGAGAUCGAAAGAUGGCGAUAAUAGAGAAUUAGUUAAUACAAUACUAGUGUACUUGUCAUGCUGCAUGACAGGCCGAGAUUACAUGCACGGAAGCAUUCCAGAACCGCUUUGCAGAAAUGCAAAAAUUCAGUCAUGGAAAUUUUUACUAUUCGAUCAGCCAAACGCAACACCAGUCGAAAGGUUUCCUAACUCGAAGCUGCUUUUGCUCUCAGAUACGAGGGAGUUUUUGAACGUUUUGUCUAUAGCCUUCGGAGAAAGUGAGUUUACCACAACUGAAGGUCAACGUGUAAGGCAGAGAAUCAUAGAUAUGAUAAUGCUGUUAGUUGAUCUGAAUGAAAAGGAGUUCACGUCUUUACAAUUGGGAAGCAUUUACGUGUUUCUAGCUCGUGAGUUGAUGAAAUCUAGUCUGAAUUUGGAACCCGAAGUGUUCUCGCAAAUUGUGAAUUACCUAACUUCAACUAAACAAGAGCUGAAAUCGACUAAAAUUGAGAGAGAAAGGGUCGUUACUGAGUUGCUUAUAAAUGGUGUGCUAUCAAUAGAUGAUCAAAAUUUGGAAGAGAAAUUACUGACGGCUAAUUUUUACUCGGUGUUGGAGUUCAUGUACGAGAAAAGAGGCGAGUACUACAAGAUGCUGAGAUGUUUUUGUCAGAUGAGCGAGAGGAGUAGAAUGAUUUUUCGCUUCAUCAGAAGCGUGUUGUACCAGUUGGAUCACGUGACUGAUGAGCAGAAACAGCUGUUGAUCAGUGAGAUUAAUCAAAACAUAUCGCUGCUCAUACAGAUUGACCCAGCUAAAUCUGCCAACCUCCUAUUAGUUGAGUUGAAGCUUCCGGUUGAGAGAGUGACUCGCCAAUUGUCUGCUGAUCACGAGGCGCAAGUGGUGUUCCAGUUCCUGUCUGGAGUGGUGGAACUGAUCUCAAGGGAUAAAAUAUCCAUACAUUCCAUCGAACAGCAGCAAUCUGCUGAAGGCCUGAAUAACUCUGACAGCAGUGAUGCUCUUCCGUCCUCUUCCAGUGGGAGUGAGUGGGUGCGGGGAGUGGUGCAGCAGUACAUGAAGUUAGCAGCUGUGCUGCAGGUGGAGUCCCUGGAGACAUUCAUCAGACAGAGUCCGGCUCUCACUCUCUCCUCCAAGAGCAUAGAGGACGCCAUGCACAUUUGCCAGGGGUAUAACCUGGGUCACUUGGUGUCCUACUUGCACGUGCGAGCAGGCAACCAUCUUCAGGCAAUGAAGACAUUUGUGUACUACGUAGAUAAACUCAUAUCCUCAUUCCUCAAAUACGAUUCGGAAAGUGACUUGGGAGGUAACGGAGACGGGUUUCAGUCCACUUCUGAGCCAUUGACAUUCGAGAAAGUGAAACACAUGGUGGAGAAAUGCGCCAAAUUGCUACGAGAGAUGAUAGCCACUUACCAUGUGGAGGAGAAACAUGUACAGGACUCAUGGUUCUCUUUACUAGAUACGGUGGUGACGCCUGUGAAGUGUAAGGAGAGUGAGUGGGCGGACAGUUUCAAGCACCUGCUGUUCUCCCUUCUGAACAGCAUGAUCGGAUACAUCUCUCUGCCCAACAUACUCACCAAAGUAUUCGCAGACACAGCUUACGACUCUGGAACCUACGAUGAUGUUCGCCACUUAGUCACAGGGAUGUUUGAGACAUGCAGAUACGAAUCAACUCUUCUGACGAUCACCAGUCAACUUCUCGACCAGGACAUUUUCUCGAACUUUCUCGCUCUGAAAGUAUCAGCCACCAAGGGCACAAGACCUAUCUCCAUGUCCUGUGCAAUAUGCUACAAGAAGUUACGUAAUACUGUUACGUCAUCAGCUCAGACGAAUGUAGACUCCUUGAGGUCAUCUAGUGGCGCCAACAGUGGCAGUCUGGCAGUGUUUCAAUGUGGGCAUGGGUACCACGUGGAUUGUCUGAGCAGGUCAGAAUCCUGGGAAGAAGUGAUUACGGAGGUUUCAGGGUUGCCGGAAACUACAAUUAGAAAUAUUUGUUUAAUUUGCAAAUCCAGGAAGGAUCCCAACUUCGAAAGUCGACAAAGUGUGAAUCCCAAUGUAGGAAGAGGUGUUUCUGCAUCGUUUUACUCAGAUGACGGCAGCGGAUUUGGGACAACGGGAACUCUAUCGAGGCAAAAGUCACUCAAUUCUGCGGAGAAAGAAAUGGAAGAUCAUGUUGCAAGAGCUCAUUCUUGCAUGUACAGAUCAAAAAGAAUUCUUGAUGCGACAUCCAAUCAAAAUUCAGUUCAAAGUUCUUCCUCUUUAGUCGGUCGCUUCAGGACUGCAAACAGCUUCGCGUAUAGUAGUUACUCAUACAGUUCUUCUUCUAGCGCUCUGGAUUCAUCUCUUAAACUUAGCUUGAAACCGAAAAUUGUCCCGAAUAAAAACAUUUUUGAUUCCAACGACUAGUAUGUAAGAAAAUUAAUUAAAUUUAUAGUUUAUUAUUUUUGCAAUGAUUCCUAAAUGAUGUAUCUAUGGUUGU